GGCAACCCAAAGCACCUCUGAAGUGUUCAAUAGAGUGCGGCUAUUUUACAUCUGGGAUAACGGCGAAGCGGAUAAGGAGCUACCGCAGGACCGAACCCCGCUGCACCAAACAAGCCGUCAUAUUUAUUACUCUGAAGUCCGUGGAGAUUUGUGCAGAUCCAGAGGCAGAGUGGGUGAAGAAGAUCGUAGAGAAACUGGACCAGAAAAAGGCUGCAGCCUCCCCGCUCCCACGUGAUGCCACCUCAGCAGCGGCGCCAGAAGAGCCCGGUGUUUUUCAGAAACAUGUUGGUCUUACAGUAACGGCUCCAGUGGGAGCCACUGCUCCCGCUAGUUUCUUCCAAGGGGCUGGCACGAUAGUUUUGGAGAGAAUACAUGUUCCUGCUGCCAGGACGGAGGCGUCCAGCAAGUCCCCGCCAGCCACGCAGGACAGCACCCAGCUCCCUGCAGGAUCGUCCCCUGUGAUUCGGGGAGUUCCUGCCCGCUCUGAAGUGACUUCAGAAGCAAACAGAGAUUCCUUAAAAUCACCUGCACCUUCAACAGCUUUUGCAGCAGGCAUGGUCUCCAGCCAGCCCACCCCAUACCCCACGGCUCUUGUGCACGGCUUUGACAACGCCAUAGGAGCUACAGAAGAACCUGUAGGACAUACUGCAAAUGCUAUGGCUGAUGUUGGAGACACGACUUCUCCUAGCUCAGAUUCAGACCCCAUGGCCAUUACUAAAGGAUCAGGCCAUCCUGUGCUUUCUACAAAUGAAUCCCUGGAUGCUACAAGUGCAAGAGCCAACGCACCAGACACUGCUUCUAGCAGUUUUAGUUCAGGUCUCCCCUCCAUCCUGGACAGCGUGGAGAUCGCCACAGUCCCAGCCACACCAGUUCCGCCAGAGACUACUUCAGUCUCUACUCUAAACCUCACAGCUGCCAUAGACGAAGGUCCUUCUGUCCAUACCAACAAGGUUGUCAGUUCCUCCACAGAUGCCUUUGGUACUAGAACAUUUGAUUAUUCAUCGCCUGAAGGAAAGCAAGAUCCUUCAGGUACGUUAAUUUUUACUGGUCAAGCAUUCUCAGGCCAAGCCAGAGUGCAGAUGCCUACAGAAAGACCAAACGAUCUGCCUCUUCCCAGCUUCUUGUCAAGAUCUCAGAUGCACUUUGUCAUCCCGGUUUCUGUGGUGGGUGGUCUGAUGGCUUGCAGUGUUGCUCUUGUAUGGCUAUAUCUAAAAUUUGGAGUCAAAACAGAAGAAAUGUCAAGAGAAAUGGUACAGGGCUUGCUCUACCAGAAGGAGGGACAUCAAAACAAUGUCUAUCCAAUGGAAGUAAUCUGA